GUUUGUGGAAAUGCUGGACAGCUGUGACAAACGUCAAGGACCGUGUAAGUUUUUGAUUAUCUCGUACUGCACAAUUCAUAAUUUACCCGAUAUUGGGGAUAGAUGUGUCUGUUACCUUUUUAUCCGGUAUUGGGGAUAGAUGUGACUGUUAUCUUUUUAUCCAGAAUUGUGAGUAGAUGUAGCUGUUACCGUUUUACCCGUAAUUGUGGGUAGAUGUAGCUGUUACCGUUUUACCCGUAAUUGUGGGUAGAUGUAGCUGUUACCGUUUUACCUGUAAUUUGGGGUAGAUGUAGCUGUUACCGUUUUACCCGUAGUUGUGGGUAGAUGUAGCUGUUACCGUUUUACCCGUAAUUGGGGGUAGAUGUAGCUGUUACCGUUUUACCCGUAAUUGGGGGUAGAUGUAGCUGUUACCGUUUUACCCGUAAUUGGGGGUAGAUGUAGCUGUUACCGUUUUACCCGUAAAUGGGGGUAGAUGUAGCUGUUACCGUUUUACCCGUAAUUGGGGGUAGAUGUAGCUGUUACCGUUUUACCCGUAAAUGGGGGUAGAUGUAGCUGUUACCGUUUUACCCGUAAUUGGGGGUAGAGUAGCUGUUACUGUUUUACCCGUAAUUUGGGGUAGAUGUAGCUGUUACCGUUUUACCCGGUAUUAGGGGUAGAUGUAGGUUUCAUAUAUUUUAAUUGGGUUUUAGCUUCUCCUGUAUAGACUACAAUAAACACCUUUUUGUUUGUAUUAAUAUUUAUCCCUUCUAUACAUCUUCAGAUUUUAAGGAGAAACAAUUUGGGAAUAAGAAAAGAGUUCCAAAAAAUGCCCAGCGACUGUGGUCUCUGCUUAGGAAUGGACUCCAGGAAGCUAUAGAGAAGGUACAGGUACUGAUUAUGGCAUAUGGUGUCUGUCCCUCCCACUGCAGGAUGAUACAGACAGAAGGGAGCCAUGGGACUUAGUCUGUCCCUCCCUCUAUAGGGUGACACAGACAGAGGGAGCUAUGGGACACAGAGUCUGUCCCUCCCACUGCAGGGUGACACAGACAGAAGGGAGCUAUGGGACACGGAGUCUGUCCCUCCCACUGCAGGGUGACACAGACAGAGGGAGCUAUGGGACACGGAGUAUGUCCCUCCCACUUCAGGGUGACACAUACAGAAAGGAGCUAUGGGACACGGAGUCUGUCCCUCCCACUGCAGGGUGACACAGACAAAAGGAGCUAUGGGACACAGAGUCUGUCCCUCCCACUGCAGGGUGACACAGACAGAAGGAGCUAUGGGACACGGAGUCUGUCCCUCCUAUUGCAGGGUGACACAGACAGAAGGAGCUAUGGGACACAGUCUGUCCCUCCCACUGCAGGGUGACACAGACAGAAGGAGCUAUGGGACACGGAGUCUGUCCCUCCCACUGCAGGGUGACACAGACAGAAGGAGCUAUGGGACACGGAGUCUGUCCCCCCCACUGCAUGGUGACACAGACAGAAGGAGCUAUGGGACAUGGAGUCUGUCCCUCCCAAUGCAGGGUGACACAGACAGAAGGAGCUAUGGGACACGGAGUCUGUCCCUCCCACUGCAGGGUGACACAGACAGAAGGAGCUAUGGGACACAGAAUCUGUCCCUCCUAUUGCAGGGUGACACAGACAGAAGGAGCUAUGGGACACAGUCUGUCCCUCCCACUGCAGGGUGACACAGACGCUAUGGACAGCGGAGUCUGUCCCUCCCACUGCAGGGUGACACAGACAGAAGGAGCUAUGGGACACGGAGUCUGUCCUUCCUAUUGCAGGGUGACACAGACAGAAGGAGCUAUGGGACACGGAGUCUGUCCCUCCCACUGCAGGGUGACACAGACAGAAGGAGCUAUGGGACACAGAAUCUGUCCCUCCUAUUGCCGGGUGGCAGACAGAAGGAGCUAUGGGACACGUAGUCUGUCCCUUCCACUGCAGGGUGACAGACAGAAGGAACUAUGGGACACGGAGUCUGUCCCUCCCACUGCAGGGUAACACAGACAGAAGGAGCUAUGGGACACUGAGUCUGUCCCUCCCACUGCAGGGUGACACAGACAGAAGGAGCUAUGGGACACGGAGUCUGUCCCUCCUACUGCAGGGUGACACAGACAGAAGGAAGCUAUGGGACACGGAGUCUGUCCCUCCCGCUGCAGGGUGACACAGACAGAAGGAGCUAUGGGACACAGUCUGUCCCUCCCACUGCAGGGUGACACAGACAGAAGGAGCUAUGGGACACGGAGUCUGUCCCUCCCACUGCAGGGUGACACAGACAGAAGGAGCUAUGGGACACGGAAUCUGUCCCUCCCACUGCAGGGUGACACAGACAGAAGGAGCUAUGGGACAUGGAGUCUGUCCCUCCCACUGCAGGGUGACACAGACAGAAGGAGCUAUGGGACACGGAGUCUGUCCCUCCCACUGCAGGGUGACACAGACAGAAGGAGCUAUGGGACACAGAGUCUGUCCCUCCCACUGCAGGGUGACACAGACAGAAGGAGCUAUGGGACACUGAGUCUGUCCCUCCCACUGCAGGGUAACACAGACAGAAGGAGCUAUGGGACACAGUCUGUCCCUCCCACUGCAGGGUGACACAGACAGAAGGAGCUAUGGGACACAGUCUGUCCCUCCCACUGCAGGGUGACACAGACAGAAGGAGCUAUGGGACACGGAGUCUGUCCCUCCCACUGCAGGGUGACACAGACAGAAGGAGCUAUGGGACACAGAGUCUGUCCCUCCCACUGCAGGAGGUCACAGACAGAAGGAGCUCGUCUCAUGCCAGCCAUACCUGCUUCGGAUUGCUAUACUGGCUAUAAUCACUAGCUCUUGUAAGAGCUACACAGCAAUACCUGCUAGACUCUCUGGAGUAGGAGAGGUCCACCCACCGAAAGCUGGGUGGGUGGUGGACAGCGAGACCCCAGCCAAGCUGCGGCAGCUAAGGGGCUACGAUGCUUAUGGUGUCCUUUCGGGAUACAAAUGCUCCCCCUGGCGGCCACCCAAGGGGAGCACUCAUUAAUCACUUCACUUGCGCUUUCACACCUAUGUUGCAGAUGCGAACGUUCUGAUUAAUUGGUGUUAACGUUUUAAUGGGGUACCGGGGUGGUCCUCGUUCGGAGGAUGAAUGGCAUAUUACACCAUGUUACGACACGUACCGUCGGGUAGAUGAAGCCGCCGUUUAGUAAAUAAUCCCCUUCUCCAGAAAUGCAGUUUAAAUCCAGCCGACCGCCACACUCCCGAACGAAGUCCACGAACACGGCAACUCCCAAUCAGCAAAACAGUCGAACGCCUUCAAACAGCUAAAAAUAACGAAAGCGCUGUCCCAGUAAUAAUUCCCCCCACAAACGAGACCAAGCUCCGUCUUGAGGGUCAAAUGAAGAUCUGUUUAAUGAGGGCUACCUGCCCGGUAUUUAUGCAGGUCUCCACAAGGUGGACACUCCCCGAGGGGACCUUGUGGAAGACUGUAAAACAUAUUGGACAGUAGCCAAUCGCAGUGGCUUCAAUAAUAGCCCUUCCCAUCUUACCCAUAAAUCCGCCUUCUCUACCCCAGAGAUAAUUAGGAAGAAACCUAAUUAUCUCCCAAGGUAGAGACAAUCACCAUUUUAACUUACAGUAAUAAAAAUACAUUAAAAUACAUAACUGAAGAAAUACCGAAUGCAUAUAGUUUGUGUAACGUAUCCCCAGACAGCCUGGAUCUGAGUGCAUGUUUUCACCAAAUAGCGCUCAGAUCCGAUGUAUCUAGUCGAAUUGCCAUGGAGUCAAAGUCUUUCACCAGUCCUUCGGUAUACGAAUGACUCCAUGGGACGGCUGUCUGGGUAAAAGUCCAUACGAAUGAAUAAAAAAACUCCCGAACGACCGACGUUCGCAUGCCUUGUCGAAAUGGAAGGUAGGCAGCAACUUCCAGCGGUGUUCGGUAGUUUAAGUGUCCGUUUUUAGUUCCAUACAGUUUGUACCGAACACCGCUAUGCGUUCGUAUGUCCCAAAAUGGCCGCUGCCUCGUGGUCGACAUGCGAACGACGACCACCCGUACGAAUGGAAUGGAGAGUUGUCUGCGGUUAACCACAACGUUCUAAUUGGGGCCAAGAGGUUAACCAGCAGCACACUCCUCUCCUGGGUGGUCGUUCGUUCGGUAGUUUCAAUCGGUAGUUUGCAAAUUACACGAACGGGGGUAUAUGAACAGGAAAUCCAGUGAACAAAAGGGAAACAGACGAACCAGCAAUACAGAUGAAUCUGUCACACACCAAAUAUCUGGGUAAAAGUCCAUACGAAUGAAUAAAAACUCCCGAACGACCGACGUUCGCAUGCCUUGUCGAAAUGGAAGGUAGGCAGCAGCUUCCAGCGGUGUUCGGUAGUUUAAGUGUCCGUUUUUAGUUCCAUACAGUUUGUACCGAACACCGCUAUGCGUUCGUAUGUCCCAAAAUGGCCGCUGCCUCGUGGUCGACAUGCGAACGACGACCACCCGUACGAAUGGAAUGGAGAGUUGUCUGCGGUUAACCACAACGUUCUAAUUGGGGCCAAGAGGUUAACCAGCAGCACACUCCUCUCCUGGGUGGUCGUUCGUUCGGUAGUUUCAAUCGGUAGUUUGCAAAUUACACGAACGGGGGUAUAUGAACAGGAAAUCCAGUGAACAAAAGGGAAACAGACGAACCAGCAAUACAGAUGAAUCUGUCACACACCAAAUAUAGGAAACCCAGGGGAAACACACAAUUUAAGGGAAAAAUAUCCGGACAAGCAGUGCUUCUGCUAUAGCUUGUAUUUUGACUUUCCCUAUUUCUGGCAUCCUGACCUUUGGCUGGUAUUUUUGUAUUGUCUCAUUCUGUAUCCCCGACCUCGGCUUGUUUAUUGACCUUUCUCUUUAACGUUAAGUCCGGCCAUUCUAAGGCCCCAUAAUAUAUAACAUUAUCCCCCAUACGUUGUCAUUGUUGUAACGGACCGUUUUGCACACAAGGGGUAAAAACCGUUUAGGCGAUCGGCCCCCUUUCCAGAGAUCCAGGCACAGCUACUGCAGAACACCAAAACUCAUGAACUGGAUACAAAAUAGCACUCCAACUCCCGAACUGGAACCUCCCAAAUAGCUGCUAGCAGACGAACAGGAAAAGCAGACAAUCAGCUUACACUCCUGGCAAUCAGUCUCUAACAGCAUACAGUGAAUCCCCCCAAGAACGAGACAAGGCUCCGUGUUGAGGGUCAAGCAGUGGUCUGAGGUGCUGGCACACACAGCCUGGUUUUUAUUACAGUCUUGCAAAUACAGGACCGCCCACAGGGAGGUAUAAAACAACCAAUCACAUCACAGUUACAUCCCACAUAUUCCCUCCCCUUAUCCUGAGAGGAAACUCAAUUACACAUACAGUUAAAACAUACUUUCUACCCAACUUUCAUAACUCUAAAACCAUACAUCACAUUCACAUAAAAUUACAUAUUCACAAUCAAUCCAUUCAGGGGAACAACAUAUUAAAAAAUGGCAUGAAUCAGACCAGGGGUUCAAAAGUUAGUAAAAAGUCCUUUGUGACUAAAUGAAGCAUGGCUUUCUGGCCCAAACCAGUUUCAGAGUCUUCUAUCCUGGAGAGUAAUUCAAUUAUCUCCCAGGACAGACACAAGACUCCAUUAAGCACAUGGUUGCAAAAAGACACAAAACACUUUAAAAUACAUAAAGUCACAUUUAUUACAUAAAACACAGACAUGUAACAUAUCCCCAGAUAGCUCAGGUCUGAGCGCACAUUAUUAAGUGAAUGGCGCUCAGACCACACGAAUACAGUUUAAUCGCCAUGGAGCCAAAGUCUUUACAGUCAGUUUCAUACAAAUGGGCUCCAUGGGAUUCCUAUCUGGGGUAUAACACAUUCAAACAAAUCUACUGAACCCCAGGCAGAAAAGCACGAAUACAGCUUUUCUGCAGGCAAAAAUAAAGUCUUUUAAAAGGGGGCCAUAGUCCAAAGGCAGCAGGCGAGCAACCAGGCUUCUCCAAUGCAAUGUGGCGAGAUUGGUCUUGUCACAAUUGUGUUAUCAUAGUUUUACGUGUUGGGUCAUACAGUAGUCGGGACACAAGGGUUAAAAGGUCAUGGCAAGAAACAGACCUCCACAUCAACAGUUAUUAGGCUGGUCGGUAAUAAUCUUGGAGAACAAAAAAUAUUUGUUAUAUAUUAUUAAAGAUGGACAAAAUCUCAACUGUAAGAUAUAUCACCCAUCUAGGAGGGACAAAAUUCUACUAUUUAGCAGACCUGGCCAAAACGUUUUUUGCCACUUUUGUCUUGAUUAAGACAUUAUCUUAAAAACACCUUCUACAGGUAUAGUUGUAGCAGAAUGGGUUUGCUAUAUAAGACUUAUUCCUCUCUGUUCGGCUGUCCGUAUCCCCCCUGUUUUUUUCUCGAAUGGAAGAUGUGUGUUUUUUUUACCCUUUUAUACCCACCGACCACUUCAAAGGAGCAAAGCUCAAGUGCUUUCCCUGGUGUGACGGACCGCCUGGCACCCCGACUGGGUGCCUCCGCCAACUGAUGCCUGUAGUGGACUCCAAGCACUCCACCCGACACCAUCAGCACUGUAGUCCACACGUCCAGCGUUACAGCUUGGCUGGGAACUCGCUGUCCUCCACCCACCCUGGACCCAAGACCAGGAUCCAGCUUCCAGUGGGCAGACCUUUCCUACUCUAGAGAGCGUAGCAGGAACAGCUCUUAGAAGACCUAGUGAUUAUUACAUAUCCAAAAAUCACCCAGAUCAGUUCAGGGGUUCAGAAAUGUUAUAGAAGUCAUGUAUUUGAUCGACCGCUUACAUGGAUCCAUGCCCAAAACAGUAUCAGAGAAUCAGGGCUUGUGGUCGGUCUAGUUUGGUAGUUUGAAAAUGAACAAACUACAGAACAGAGUCAAUAGUUCGUACCCUGGAGCUCGUUCCCUUCAUCCAAAUAAAUGAUAUCACCGAACAAUGCCUUUCUAAGCUGAAUAAAAAUGAACGCAGGUGAUGAUGAAUUCCAGCAGUGUUCGGGAGUUUCUGUAUCCGAUUUUAGUUCCAGGAGAUUCAUGCCCAAACACCGCUGCCUACGUUCAUGUGAACAAGAUGGCCGCCACCUUGUGGUUGUCUAUAGGAAUUGAAGCCACCAAGACGAACAAUUAGAAAACUGCGGUGAGAAACGUUCCAAGUUGUUAAUAGGUGUUAACAAGCUCCAGGGUGGUUUCUGGUUUAUACGGUUGUUCGGUAAUUCGAAGUGCCGCUUCGAAUUGCUUCGGGAAUUCGAAGUGCUACUUCAUAAGUCCAAAAAGGCACAAAUAAAGUCUUUAACCCAAAGUUCACAACAGGAGCCAUAGUCACACCUGGGUGGCUGCCAUUCGUAUAACCAAACACACGUUGUAGUGGAGCCAAAGUCCUAACAGGGAAUCUCCUCCGCUGGUUACUCCAAGAUAUACUCAUAAACGAGUAAAUUACUCCAAGGAAACAGCCAAAUACAGCAAAGUAAUCCAAGAUGCUCCUAAGACCUCCACGGCAAAUGGACGACACUCAGCUCUGGGGGUAUAACUGAAACACAAAACACAUGAUAUCCCCACAAAUGAUACAUCCCCUGAUAGCCCUGAUCUGGGUGACCAACAUAUCCAAAGAUCACCCAGAUCAGAGGUUCAGAAAUUUUAUGGAAGUUCCAUUUUGACCGACCGCACGCAUGGUUUCAUGCCCAAAACAGUUCCAGAGAAUCAGACUGUGCAGCCGGUCUACUUCGAGGAAUCGAAAUAGCGUUCGAAUUACUGAACUAAGCCAGUUGUGGAUUUAGUUAGUGUAUAUCUCUUGUUCUGGGGCAUCUUCUUACCGAACACUGUUCAACUCCUGUUCGAAUAGCUGAACAUCCAUGGAAGGUGAAGUUUUAGCGGUGUUCGUGCCGUCAAGUGUCCAAAUGAGUUCCAUGCACUCGAUGACCAAACACCGCUGGAUGCGUUCGACUAAACAAGAUGGCUGCGGCCACGUGUUUGAAUGCCACUUCGAAUGGCUUAGGGUUAACCAUAACCCUACUCCUAAACCUACCCCUAACCCAACUCUAACCUUACUCCUAACCCAAACCCUACUCCUAACUCUACCCUAUCUCUAACCCUACUCCUAGCCCAACCCUAACACUUAACCCUACCCUAACCCAACCCUAACCCUACUCCUAACCUACCCCUAAUCCUACCCUAACCCCUAUCCCUAACCAUACCCAACCCCAAUCCUACCCCUACCCGUUUUGCCACUUUUCAGAAGUCCGAAGCACAUCGGCACUUCCGAAAUUCGGCAAUUCGGUUCGGCACUUCUGACAUUCGGACAUUUGGAAGCAUCCGAAUGUCCGAAUGCCUGAAAUUCGUCCGAAUUUCAAUUAGGACUGAACUGAAUUGCACAUGUCUAGUUUACGCCAUUACUGGAGGCAGGGCCAGGGUACAUCUGGCAUCAUAAUAACCGCAUCAAGCUGGAGAAACCCUUUCAUUGAAAUCAUCUCUAUGCUAAUGACUCGGUUCACAAUGAAUUCCUGAAUAUGAUCCUUUAAUAACACUUCAAAUGAUUUUUUUUAACCACAGAUGUUAAGCUCACAAAUCAGUAAUUUGCAGCAGAGAUUUUGGUCACUUCAUGAAUAAGGGCAGUACAUUUGCUUAACAAUCCAUAGGUUAAAAUUCCUGAAAGAUGACAAACAGGAAUUUGGAUUUUAACACAUUCAAUUUAUUAAUUUUAUUGUAUGAGACCUAAAACAGUUGAUAAAUAUUGACUGUGACAGAACCAUCUGUCUUUGAGAUUAUAUUUCUCCUUCCUCCAUUCGUCUGUUUUUUUGGUUAUUUCUUUGCCCAUACAGCCCCCUUGUUUCCCCACGUUGUCUACCGAACGGCUACCGAUUACGCGACCACCGGGAGGCUGGCGUGUGCAGUCAAUUGACCACCCAGUAUCUGCGGUUAACCGCAGCUUAAUUGACAAUCACUGGGUGGUCGCGGUUACACAUAGCCGCCACACGAUGGCGGUGUUAUGGAAGCCCCUGGGUAGUCAGCGCUUGUUCUACCCAGCGGCAGGACACCAAAAGCGGACACUUUGUCUUCCAAGCCCUGCUGAGCCUACGGUUCUGCAACCCCGUUCGGGAACCGAACAGCAGAGCAUUCGGGACUUUUAAUGUUACAAUGUAUUCGGUGUAAAAGUACCCAGAUAGCCUGCCAUGGAGCCUGUUCGUGGAAUUAAAGACUUUGGCUCCAUGGUGAUUAAACUGUAUUCGUGUGGUAUGAGCGCCAUUCGCUUAAUAAUGUGCGCUCAGACCUGAGCUAUCUGGGUAUAUGUUAAAUGUAUAUAUUUAUUGUAACCUUUGUAACAUGGGGGAUUUUAACAGUAAUUCCUAUAUUGGUAUCCCCACGUGCAUAAUGGCGAUUUGCCUUCGUCCUGAUAGAUAAUUGAAUUACUCCUCAAUUAUCUACAGGGCAGAGGGGAGGAAGCCAGGAUUCAUUGUGGGAAUAUAUUGUGACUAUAUGUCCUAAAUUGAUACCUGUCUGUCCUUGGUUACAGUCUCCCAUUUGGUCCCCUAGGGGAGUGUCCACCAAGUGGGAGACCUGCAUAAAUACGGGCGGGUAGCCCUCAGUAAAGCCAGUUCUUGUUUUACCCUCAAUGCGGAGCUUGGUCUCGUUAUUGGGGGGAUUUACUAUACACGGUUAGAGACUGAUUGCUGGGAACGUAAGCCGCUUGCAUAUUAUAUCAAUUCGGCAGUUAACCGCGAUUCGUGGGCUUACUGUUCGGGAGUUUGUAAGAAUAUCACGGAUGCGGUUCUGGAGAUUGGCGCAUUCCCCUAGUUUCAGUUCGGGAAUUUGAGGUCUACACGAAUAGGAUCUGCAUCGCUAAAGAGGGGAAGCUCAACUAAACGGCGGUUUCACUCCUCUAUACCGGGAGUGUCUUAACAUUGACUAUUUCUCAUCCUUUCUUUCUGGUUCCAACUGUAUUUAAUUCCAGCUGGAAUCUCAGCAGCUGAAUCUUAUAAAUGGGUUGACUGUUUGAAAUAAAAUUGCCAAUACAUUUGAGUGUCAAGUGUCAUAACCAUUAAAAAAGAAAUUCAUUAAAAGGUAAGGGGGUCAAUAGGAAACCUAUAUUAGUAUAAGGGAGUUUUAAAACAUCCCUUCUGUCCCCAACCACCGUGCUGUGAAUAUGGACAUAUCUACUAAACUGCAGUGAAGGAUCCCAAAGCUUCUAGCCACCCCUAAUAUAAAUAGCCUACCUACCACCCACUCGCCUUGAGAUCAGAUUGCAAACAAACAAAACAAAAAAACGCACUAUGCCCCCCACCCACUUUAUAAUUUACUAAUGACCUCAUGGAGGGUCAUGACUGGAAUUAAAUCAACGCCUUAGUUCCCUAAUUACUCAUGGGUGAAUAUCAUCUGACCUCGGAUUUUUGCUUACAUUAUCUUUAUUUCAUUGCUGUAACAGAUUUUUCUAAGUGAUCCAAUCACAAGUUUUCUGUAUCCUCUUUAUGUAGCAGAUUUGCAUAACUACUCUGAACCAUGUGUUAUGUUUACAGGUGAAACAAGAGGAUCUCCAGGCUCAAGUUCUGCACCAUGGCCUGCAUCUUCUGCUUCAUAUUCCAUUUACCAACUCCAUUAAAUAUGUCGCCUACAUACCUACACUACACCUCUUUGUGUCUAUUGAUUCUGUUGGACAUAUUCAGCAGCAUGACAGAGGAGGACAAGUGGGGAGAUGUGUACAUUUCAUGUGGCCUCUUUGUGGAAUACUGUACGCAUGGCAGGUGCAGCAAUACGUAGCAUGGAGCCACAAGGAAUUGCUGGUGCUGGACCAGUCUCUGGCCAUGGUGUCACGGUGUCCAGUGAAGCAGGGUGUGUCCUGUUCUGCUUACGAUUCAGGCAGAAACCAUGUUCUAAGUGGUGGAUGUGGCGGAGUCACUGUGUGGAGAUUUAGUCACAGCACACGUAAUCUCACCUGUCACCAAUUCCUCAAUCAGGGGAUGACAGAGCAGGACAGAGUUACUGUCAUCGCUUUGGAUACAGCAUCAGCACUGCCACAUACAUGUUUUGCAGUAUGUAGGACUAGUGUGUGGGAAUAUGACUUAAAUAGUGGGAAUCUACUGAGAAUUCGAAGAGAUCUGCACCACAGGUGAGAUACUAAAUCUUAAUAACUAAACGUGCCGAUAAUCUGUGUUUUGUAGCAUUGAUAGGAAAUACUGUGAGGUGAAAGGUACAUAGAAUGCGAGAUGGACAGGUAAUCAGUGAGAGGAGAUAGGAGACUCUGUGAGGUGAUGGGUACAUAGACUGUGGGAUGGACAGGAGAUAUUAUAAGGUGGAAUGCCCAUCUUAAAUGAAGAGAAGGAUUUGUUGUUGUAGCUUCUUGAGGAUAUAUUACCUGUGGAGAGAAUGCAGUCUCCUCCCUGAGAUAAAGUAAAAUUUAGUGUAAAAAUAAUUUGUAAAUAGCACAAACAGUAUGAAAGAACACAGCUGCAAUACAUAGUAUAAUUGUGUAUUAUAGACAUUUAAAUAGUCUACAAAUAGAAAAAUGCUCUCUUUCCACAGGAGAAUUACAGGGCUUUUAUACUCAGAAUUUCUUCAGCUCCUGAUAUCUGGAUCCAGAGAUGGAUCUAUUAAGAUCUGGAAUGGAGAGGCACAAUUGAAAGCUGCAUAUUUGGGACACUCAGGUGAGCUGUAAGGCUAUGUACAUAAAGUGUACAGGAUAGAUCUGUGUCUGUGUGGUGUCCAGGUGGGAGAUAAAGCUGGAUAUGGGGGUGUACAAGUGAGAAAUUAAUCAGUACAGGUAAGGUAUAUAGCUAUCUAUGUGUGGUUUACAGGUGACAAGACCUGUCUGUGGGGUAUUCAGGUGAUACAUAACAUGUCCAAGUGAGAUAUAACCUGUCUGUGGUGGAGUGGUGCACAGGUGACAUAUAAAGCUGUGUGUAUUGGGUGUACAGGUGAAGUGUAAAGCGAUUGUUACGACACUCACCGCCAGGUAGAUGAAGCCGCCGUUUAGUGAAUAAUCCCCCUCUCCAGAAAUGCAGUUUAUAUUCAGCCGACCGCCAAACUCCCGAACGAAGUUCACGAACACGGCAACUCCCGAUCAGCAAAACAGUCGAACGCCUUCCACAGCUAAAAAUAACGAAAGCGCUGUCCCAGUAAUAAUUCCCCCACAAACGAGACCAAGCUCCGUCUUGAGGGUCAAAUAAGGUUCUGUUUAAUGGGGGCUACCUGCCCGGUAUUUAUGCAGGUCUCCACAAGGUGGACACUCCCCGAGGGGACCUUGUGGAAGACUGUAAAACAUAUUGGACAGUAGCCAAUCGCAGUGGCUUCAAUAUAAACCCUUCUUCUCUACCCCAGAGAUAAUUAGGAAGAAACCUAAUUAUCUCCCAGGAUAGAGACAAUCGCCAUUUUAAAAUACAGUAAGAAGAAUACAUUAAAAUAUAUAACUGAAGAAAUACCGAAUGAAUAUAGUUCGUGUAACGUAUCCCCAGACAGCCUGGAUCUGGGUGCAUAUUUCUACCGAAUACCGCUCAGAUCCGAUGUAUCUAGUCGAAUCGCCAUGAAGUCAAAGUCUUUCACCAGUCCUUCGGUAUACGAAUGACUCCAUGGGACGACUAUCUGGGUAAAGGUCCAUACGAAUGUAUAAAAACUCCCAAACAACCGGCGUUCGUGCGCCUCGCCGAAAUAGAAGGUGGGCAGCAGCUUCCAGCGGUGUUCGGUAGAUUAAAGUGUCCUUUUUCAGUUCCAUAGGAUUUGUACCGAACACCGCUACGCUUCCUCGUGUCCCAAAAUGGCCGCUGCCUCAUGGUCGACAUGCGAAUGAUGACCACCCGUACGAAUGGAAUGGAGAGGUGUCUGCGGUUAACAACAACGUUCUAAUUGGGGCCAAGAGGUUAACCAGCAGCACACUCCUCUCCUGGGUGGUCGUUCGUUCGGUGGUUUCAAUCGGUAUUUUGUAAUCACACGAACAGGGGCAUACGAACAGGAAAUUCAGCGAAACAAAGGGAAACAGACGAACCAGCAAUACAGAUGAAUCUGUCACACGGCUCCCCCCUUGUGGGACACUCCGGCAGACCCGGCUUGACCCUUUGGCGGGUCAACGUGGGGAUGACUGGCUAAGAGGUGGUAAGAAUGUCGGUUUGCCUGGACAAUCCAUCUGCAUUCCCGUUCUGCUUACCGGGUCGGUAGCUGAUGGUGAAGUUAUAUGGUUGUAGUGCUAAACUCCACCUCAGCAGUCUGCCAUUGUCUCCUGAGACCCGGUUGAGCCAGACAAGGGGAUUGUGGUCCGUCACAAGUGAGAAUUCCUGUCCAUAUAAGUAAGGGCUUAAUUUUUUCAAUGCCCACACCAGGGCCAAACAUUCCUUCUCCACUGCCGCAUAACUCACUUCUCUGGGUAACAGCUUUCUACUGAGAUAUGCGACAGGGUGCUCUCCUCCAUCUUCCCCGACCUGGCUCAGCACAGCCCCCAGUCCAUACAUGGAAGCAUCUGUAUGGACUAGAAAACGUUUGUUAGGGACUGGGGCAGCCAGGACAGGGGCAUUCACAAGAGCUUGUUUGAGUGCUUGAAACGCAGCUUCACAAGCUGGAGACCACAGGACCUGCUUAGGGAGAUUUUUCUUUGUCAGGUCAGUCAGGGGUUUAGCAAUAGUGCUGUAGUCGGGGACAAAGCGUCUAUAGUACCCUGCUGUCCCUAUGAAGGCUAACACCUGGGUCUUAGUGAUCGGUGUGGGCCAGUUAGCAACUGCCUCUAUCUUGGCUGGCUCUGGUCUCUGGCUCCCACACCCCACUCUGUGACCCAGGUACUGCACUUCAGCCAUGCCUAGAUGGCACUUCUCUUGCUUCAAUGUCAGGCCAGCGGCCCGAAUUUUGUCCAGUACUACCCCUACAUGAACCAGGUGUUCCUCCCAGGACCCACUGUAGAUCGCAAUGUCAUCCAGGUAUGCACAAGCAAAUUCCUGGAAUCCAUCAAGAAGUCUAUCCACCAUACGCUGGAAGGUAGCCGGGGCAUUCUUCAUCCCAAAUGGCAUGACCUUGAAUUGGUACAGGCCAAAUGGGGUGACGAAGGCCGACUUAGGGAUAGCGUCCUCGGCCAGGGGAAUCUGCCAGUAGCCUUUACACAGGUCUAUGGUGGUCAGAUAGCACCCCCUGGCAAUGCGAUCUAACAAUUCGUCUACCCGGGGCAUCGGGUAGGCGUCAGUGGUGGUCCGCUCAUUGAGGCGCCUGUAGUCCACACAGAACCGGGUGGUCCCAUCUUUCUUGGGCACCAGGACUACAGGCGAAGCCCAAGGGCUAUCGGAGUGUUCGAUGACCCCAAGCUGGGUCAUCUCCUGUAUCUCCUUCCGCAUUCCUUCUCGAACUGCUUCAGGGAUACGGUAAGGGGGUUGUCGUAGAGGGUUCUGUCCAGGGGUUUCUACCUUGUGUACAGCUAGGGUAGUGUAGCCAGGUUCUUGGGAGAACGUCGCCUGCUUCUCCCACAGAAGCUGUCUUGCCUGGUCCUUCUCGGUGGAGCUCAAUCUGUCCCCUAGCUGUACCAGGCUAGUAAGAUCGGUCUGGGAGUCCGUCUCUAACAAAUCUGGUAAGGGUAAACUUUCGGUAUCAUCUGCAGCAGGGGCACAUACUGCAGCGACAUUCUUCGGUCUCUCCUGAUACUCCUUUAGCAUGUUCACAUGGAAGGAUCGCUGGAUCCUUUCAUCUGAACAACUGGCUAUAAGGUAGGUAGUAUCACAUACCUGCGCUAACACCUUAUACGGGCCCUGCCAAGAUGCCUGCAUCUUGUUCGCCUUCACAGGUUUGAGCACUAACACUUUCUGCCCAACCUGGAAGACUCGCUGUCGGGCACCCCGAUCGUACCAUCUUUUCUGUCUCCCCUGAGCCACCUGGAGAUUCUCCCUUACCAUUAGAGACAGUUUCUCCAUGCGGUCCCGGAGUUCCAGAACAUACGGUACUAUGGGGGUCCCUUCCUGCUCUGUCUCCCCCUCCCAGUGGCCUCUAAUGAGAUCUAGGGGUCCGCGGACCCUUCUCCCAUAUAGCAACUCAAAGGGGGAGAACCCAGUAGAUUCCUGGGGCACCUCUCUGUAGGAAAACAACAGAUGAGGCAGGAAUCGCUCCCAGUCUCUGCAAGUGUCAGAAAAGGUCCUCAACAUCUGUUUGAGGGUACCGUUAAAUCGCUUGCAGAGACCGUUAGUCUGUGGAUGGUAAGGUGAGCUAAGCAGCGGUUUAAUGCCGCACACCUUCCACAGUUGCUGAGUAAGCACAGCGGUGAAUUGGGUUCCCUGGUCAGAGAGAAUCUCUUUAGGGAACCCGACUCUGGUAAAAAUCCUAACCAGGGCAUCAGCAACUGUCUCUGCCUCUAUAUUAGACAGCGCUACUGCCUCUGGAUAGCGAGUGGCAUAAUCCACCACGGUGAGAAUAUAUUUCUUACCAGAUGGACUAGCCCUGGCCAGUGGACCCACAAUGUCAAUGGCUAUACGGGCAAAGGGCUCCCCAAUAAUAGGCAUAGACAUAUGCCUAGCUCUUGGGUGGUCCCCCCGCUUUCCUACCCGUUGACAUGUGUCACACGUACUACAAUAUAUCCGCACAGCCUGAUUAAAGUUUGGCCAAAAGAAGUUCUGCAUGAUCCUAUAGGCUGUGCGGCGAGAACCUAGAUGUCCAGCUAGCGGAACAUCAUGCCCUAUCCGCAGAAUCUCCUGCCAGUAUUUUGCGGGCACCACCAGCUGUCGAUUCGGCGGAGGGGCAACACUUUUCGGGGAAAGCUUGGGGAUCCUAUACAACCUGUCCCCCACCCACUCAUACCGUUCCCCAUCUACUCCUUCCUCUCCAGUAUCCGCUCUGUCCCUAUACUUCUGGAGCGUCAAAUCUGCCUGGGUUUCCCUCCCAAACUCCUCUGUUCUAGGGUACCAGUCGGGGAAUCGGGUCUUACCUGGGUCUCAGCAGCAGGUGGGCUGGUUCCAGCAGCACGGGUCUGGGCACGGGUAGUCACUGGGUUGAUAUCAGCAGGUCCCAUUGGAGCAUAAGCGGACACCAAAGGGGCCAAGUCAUUCCCGAGCAAAACAUCAGCAGGUAAGUCUUUCAUGACCCCCACAUUCACGUGUCCAGAGCCCACUCCCCAAUCCAAAUGAACCCGGGCAACAGGCAGACGGAACACUGCACCUCCCGCUACCCUCACUGCCACAGUAUUUCCAGUGUGCUGGUGUUCUGAAACAAGGUUCUUUUGGAGCAAGGUCAUAGUGUCUCCGGUGUCUCUCAGACCAGUUACUGCUUUGCCAUUUAGUUUAACGGUCUGCCUGUGCUGUUGACGGUUAUCCUGCUGCGCUGCUUGUACUGGAUUCGCCUCGUGUAGGAUACCCCAAAAUUCCUCCUGCUCAAGGCAGUGAGCGGAAGGUUGGGGUGGCUGCUGAUUUCCACCGGCUGGUCUUCUCCACGACUGGGCUUGGCUGGAAUUAUUCAAUGGACACUCCGGUCUCUUGUGCCCCAACUGUUUACACCCAUAGCACCGGAUAGGCUGUGAGUAAUCCCGGGCGUUGAACCAGGCUGGCUGAACAUAAUUGUUCACUGUUGGCAUUGUGGGGGUGCGUUGCGCUAGGUGUUGAUACACUGCAGUGGUUGGAGGGGCUGCUGGUUUGUACUCCACUCGGGUAGGGACCUUGGUUGCUGUCUGGUCCAGUUUCCUUGCAUCAGUGUACUCAUCAGCCAGACGAGCAGCUUCGGGUAAGGUAGCGGGUUUGCGGUCCCUAACCCACUCCCUGACUCCUGCAGGUAAGCGAUCAAAGCAGUGCUCCAACAAAAACACUUGCAGCACUUCUUCCCCAGUUACCGCUUGGCACCCUGCCAUCCAGUGGGCUGCGGUGCGGUGCGGUGUACUCGGCAUGCCCACUCCACAUAAGAAUCGCCAGCUUGUUUGUUAGUGUCCCGGAAUCGCUGCCGGUACGCCUCAGGGGUUACAGCGUAUCUGGCCAAAAGGGCAUCUUUCACUGCCCUGUAGCUGGUAAUUUCCUCCUCUGGGAUGGCCCGAAACGCCUCACUGGCCCGGCCGGAUAACUUUCCAGAGAGGAUGGUGACCCAUUCCUCUGCGGGUACCUGGUGUAAGGCACAUUGCCUUUCAAAAUCAGCCAGGAACCCAUCAAUCUCUCCUUCGGCUUCUACAAAAUUUCUAAAUGCAGCAAAAGGUACCUUCCUCCUUCCAUUAUUAUUAUAGGGUACCUCAGCUGCUGCAGCUCCUCUUCCCUGAAGCGCCUGUUGUGCUGCUACUGCUGCUUGCACUUGAACCACAAUAUCUGCUGCGGGGUUGGGGUCAAAGUGUGCCAGCCUGAUCUGAACUGCCCGGUUAAAUUGUAUCUCCUCGGGUGUUAACUCCAGUAUGCCAGGCACAUCAGUUCUUCCCGUUCCCUGUGCUGCAUCCAUUUCCAAUAAUAUGGCAAUAAUCUCCCUUUUCUUGAGAUUACUCGCUGAUCGUCCUCUGCGUUCCAAUAUAUCUUUAAGGGUAGCACGCCUUAACUCUUCAUACUGCAUUUCCAACCUGGGAUGUGUAGCUGGCCUUCUGGGCGGUAGGAUUCAUCCCGUCGCUUGCCACCAAUUGUUACGACACUCACCGCCAGGUAGAUGAAGCCGCCGUUUAGUGAAUAAUCCCCCUCUCCAGAAAUGCAGUUUAUAUUCAGCCGACCGCCAAACUCCCGAACGAAGUUCACGAACACGGCAACUCCCGAUCAGCAAAACAGUCGAACGCCUUCCACAGCUAAAAAUAACGAAAGCGCUGUCCCAGUAAUAAUUCCCCCACAAACGAGACCAAGCUCCGUCUUGAGGGUCAAAUAAGGUUCUGUUUAAUGGGGGCUACCUGCCCGGUAUUUAUGCAGGUCUCCACAAGGUGGACACUCCCCGAGGGGACCUUGUGGAAGACUGUAAAACAUAUUGGACAGUAGCCAAUCGCAGUGGCUUCAAUAUAAGCCCUUCCCUUCUUACCCAUAAACCCUUCUUCUCUACCCCAGAGAUAAUUAGGAAGAAACCUAAUUAUCUCCCAGGAUAGAGACAAUCGCCAUUUUAAAAUACAGUAAGAAGAAUACAUUAAAAUAUAUAACUGAAGAAAUACCGAAUGAAUAUAGUUCGUGUAACGUAUCCCCAGACAGCCUGGAUCUGAGUGCAUAUUUCUACCGAAUAGCGCUCAGAUCCGAUGUAUCUAGUCGAAUCGCCAUGAAGUCAAAGUCUUUCACCAGUCCUUCGGUAUACGAAUGACUCCAUGGGACGGCUAUCUGGGUAAAGGUCCAUACGAAUGUAUAAAAACUCCUGAACAACCGGCGUUCGUGCGUCUCGCCGAAAUAGAAGGUGGGCAGCAGCUUCCAGCGGUGUUCGGUAGAUUAAAGUGUCCGUUUUCAGUUCCAUAGGAUUUGUACCGAACACCGCUAUGCUUCCUCGUGUCCCAAAAUGGCCGCUGCCUCAUGGUCGACAUGCGAACGAUGACCACCCGUACGAAUGGCAUGGAGAGGUGUCUGCGGUUAACCACAACGUUCUAAUUGGGGCCAAGAGGUUAACCAGCAGCAUACUCCUCUCCUGGGUGGUCGUUCGUUCGGUGGUUUCAAUCGGUAUUUUGUAAUCACACGAACAAGGGCAUACGAACAGGAAAUUCAGCGAAACAAAGGGAAACAGACGAACCAGCAAUACAGAUGAAUCUGUCACAGCGAUGUAUGGGGGUGUACAUGUGAGAUAUAAAGCUUUAGAUAUAGGGUGCACAGAUGAGCUUUAAAGCGGUGUACAUGGGGUGUACAUGUGAGAUAUGAAGCUGUGUAUAUAAGGUGUACAGGUGAGAUAUAAAGCCGUGUAUGGGAGAUUCAGCUAUUUCAACCCAGGCACCCCUUCAUGUUGGUAUUUCUAUACAAAGGACAGGCAGAGAAUUAUGGGAGUUGUCAGCAGAGUUUGACAGUCCUGAUGUAGGAUGUAUUGGUAUUUAGAAGACCCUUUUCUCAUGUUACUCUGUUUUAUAUUUGAGCUCUUUCUGUCUCUCUUUCACCACAGGUCCAGUAACUGCUCUGUCUCUAGAUGUAUCUGGCAUGACUGUUUACUCAGGUUCUGAAGAUUCCACCUUGCGUUCUUGGGAUCUGGAGACCCAUGAGCAGGUUGGGGAACAACAGUUGACAGGGAUGGUGCUAAAGUUGGAGAUGUUUGAUGAAGAUGAGACAUUUGUUGUUUCACAGAUGAGUUGUGUUCUUGAUGUGUGGCAAGUACACAAACUAUAUCAGCUACAUGCCCCUGUAGGAGUCAUGUUGACCGACAUCACAACGAGUCAAGGACAAUUACCUUCUAGAGCCUUGUGUGUGUGUGCAGACAAUACUGUGCGUCUUAUAGCAGCCGGUACCGGAGAUCUAAUAUCAACUCUUCUGCUAGAUCCUGGGACCAGAACAGUGGGUGCAGAGUACUGUGGGCACACGGAGUGCGUCCAUGUCCUGCUGGAAGAGGGAGAUUUAGUAACGGCCAAUGCCCUGCUGAACCCAAUGAGUAUUGUGAACCGCGUCAAACUUGGGAGCCCAGGAAUCCUCCCCAUAUGCCUCACAGUAUACUCCCUGAUAUUGGAUGAGACCAAUGUAAUCACCGAAUGGAGGGAAGUGGUGGAAAACAAAGGGGUGAAGAUUAUAAGAUUGGAAAACCAGGAGCUUGACCUAUUGAAGAAGAAUCGGUAA